AUGUCUACGAAUAUGCAUUCUGCGAUUGUGAUUGGCGCGGGCAUUUCUGGUCUCAAAUCCAGUAUCGAGCUCAACAAAAAUGGUAUUGACACGAUUAUUCUUGAGGCACGAGACCGGCUCGGUGGUCGGUUGCACACAGUGACGACCGAGUCUGGUUUGAAGCUCGAUCUGGGUGCUUCCUGGAUGCACGACUGUCUGUACAAUCCGUUGUUGAAGAAAUCCAUCGAAAAGGGUAAUGUCAAGUAUUAUUUCGACAACGGCAAGUUCACCUUCCAUGACAAAGACCUGGGCAUAGUUGACGACAAUCACAAGCUGCACCCUGUUGUUCAAGAGAUGAGCGACUAUCUGCAAUUUGUUUGCGGCCAACUCAGCCAUUCCGACGAUGUGAGUGUCAAGAACGCUGCUUUGAGAUAUCUACAAGAUAAGAAAGCCACUUUGACCGAGACCCAGAUUAAGUUGGCUCCGCAACUGCUUAGAUACUACGAGAUGUGGAUCGGCUCGUCGUGGAACGUUUUGAGUGCUCGGUUGAUCUCGGGCGACGCGCAUCUGGGCAGAGACGCCAUGGUUACCAACGGAUAUCGUACAAUUUACGACAACGAGCUAGAGGAGCUUUAUGAAGUUGUUGGCACUAGGGACGUGGUUGGCAGUUACAUCAAGCUGCAGAAGGUGGUUUUCGCUAUCGAGUUCAGCGAAGAAACAAGAAAGAUCUGUGUGAAGACCAGAGAUUACUCCGGAAACGUCGAGUCUUUCUACAGCGACUAUUUGAUCUGUUCCGUUCCAUUGAGCGUGUUGAAACUAGAGGAUAAGAGCGAGAAAGGCCAUAUCGAAUGGAACCCUCCACUUCCAAAGACAAUCACCAGCAAAUUAAAGGGUCUGAGUUACUCUCACUUGGGAAAGGUGUUUUUCGAGUUUGACAGUCCUUUCUGGCCAACCGAUGCCGAUAGAUUCUUCUGCAUUCCUCAGAACGACGAGCAGAUGACUUAUUCCGUUCAAACAAACGCCAAUGUCACUUUUGACAACUUGAAGAUCGACCCGGUGCUGAACAGAACGCCAACUCCCUGGACCUUACCGGUUUUGUUCCUAAACAUCAAUAGAGGCACUGGAAAGCCUGUUAUUCUUGCGCUCACAUCCAACCCGCUCACUGAAUACGUCGAGACGCACUCUUUCGAAGAGUUCUGGCCGAUUUUCCGUGCCGGUUUGGCAAGCAUCUCAAACUUGCAAGAGUCCCAGGUUCCUAUUGCGAAGGACGUGGUGAAGUCUGAGUGGAAUAACGACCCAUAUGCCAGAGGCUCCUAUUUGGGCUGUGCGGUUGGCGAUUUGAUCGACGAGGCCCUGGAAGCCCUGACCGACGCUCAGGACAUUUUCGACGGCAGGGGAAGAGUCCGGUUUGUCGGCGAAGCACUGGCCGAACAAGGGAACGGCUGUGCUCACGGUGCAUGGAUGACUGCUGCAAGGGAAUCGGAGAAGAUUGUCAAGCUUGCUAAUCGUGGAAAAUUAUAA